CCAUCGUUCCUCAUUCCAACCCCAAACCUCCGAAGCAAUCCUCUCUCCGCGCCCACGAAGCAAGUCCUCCACUCCCGAUGGCCCGCACGAAGCAGACGGCGAGGAAGUCCACCGGCGGCAAGGCGCCGCGGAAGCAGCUGGCCACCAAGGCGGCGCGCAAGUCCGCCCCGGCCACCGGCGGCGUGAAGAAGCCCCACCGCUUCCGCCCCGGCACCGUCGCGCUCCGGGAGAUCCGCAAGUACCAGAAGAGCACCGAGCUGCUCAUCCGCAAGCUGCCCUUCCAGCGCCUGGUGCGGGAGAUCGCACAGGACUUUAAGACCGACCUCCGCUUCCAGAGCUCCGCCGUCUCCGCGCUGCAGGAGGCCGCCGAGGCCUACCUCGUCGGGCUCUUCGAGGACACCAACCUCUGCGCCAUCCACGCCAAGCGCGUCACCAUCAUGCCCAAGGACAUCCAGCUCGCCCGCCGCAUCCGUGGCGAGAGGGCCUAGGCUGCUUCCUGCUCCCCAGUGUCUGAUCUGGUGUUGAGGUGUAGAGUUGUGUUAGUUUCUUAUUAGCCCGUGUCUGUGGUAGUAAGGCUCGUGGACGGUUGUGUUAUGGUGUGAUGUAUGUGAUGGCAUCAUCUUGUUAUCAUCAUCAAUGGAAGUUAGCAAUCUGAUUUUAAACA